AUGACCGACACACCACCUUUUCGCUCUCCAGAUGAGGAUGUGCAGUCAUCAGGCUCACAUGUAGAGGGCAAACCCAAUUCCAUCUGCGCUGGACCACGCUCGAUCAACCACUUCGAGACUCCUCUUCCUCGGCAGAGGGUUGGGAAUUGGGCCUCCAAUGUACAUCAGGCCAUGGACAAGAUGAGCGUGGAUGAUCCAGCUACCACUUCGGCACAAACUACUUUCACUAACAAAGCAAUGAUCUCAGCAUUUAUGGCAUUUGCCCAAAGCUCCCACGAAAUCGCUCAGUCAGUCCUUAUGUCGAUGUCUUCCAUUGCUCAGGGCGUCAACACCAUCAGCGCAUCUAUCCAGACUCCUGGCGCAUUUUCGUUAAAGUCGGGCAGCACUCCUCAAGAAACGUCUGCUUGGGCUAAAUCUUGUCGCCAGCUCGGAACGGAAGCAUUAUCCAAAUAUGAAACCCCAGUUGCAAGACGACCACCAAGAACCCCACAAGGAGGGCCCAUCCCAGAUGCAAUUAGAACACAUGUUGCGACCCUCUUUGGAAAGUGUGCACAGGAGGGUCACUUCCCACCUCCUGCUAGCCUAGACGAGCGCAGGAACUGGGUUUUAGCUGUUGAUCUUGAUGAAAUCGAUGAACCCGAUGAUCCCAAUGAUCAUGAUGAUCAUGACAACGUUGAAACCGAUUCAGACAUGGACUUGGAAUUUGAUCCAAGCUUUCCAUACCCGGAUGGGCCAGGACACCCAAAGGCUUCGCCUGAAGCCCUCAGAAUAAUAUGGCGCAUGAUGCGCCGCGUUGGUGUCAGGUCAUUCAGACCAGACCUACAAGAGCCAAUCAGUUCCGUCUGUAACGCAUUCUUGUGGCGACUUGCGGUAAAAACCUUCAUGAAGUUGGUGGAUGCUGGCGAAUACAAUGGCGUUACGCGUGAGUCAUGCAAUGAGAGCUUGGCUACCCAAAUGAUGCACAAUCACGUCAACAAUUCCAUACGUAGGGAAUUUCGUGAGAGGAACAAUAUGUCCGAAAUUGAGCGGGCCCGACGGGACAAACUGAGAAGACGCAAUGGCCGGCGUAGCACACGAAUUUCCGAGGUCAUGAUGAACCCGGUACUGGCACCUCUUAUGGGCAUUGUACAGGCGUGCACCAGUGAUGAUGAAACUGAUGAAGAAGCGGACCCCCCCCCAUCCACGAAUAGGCGCGGCGCUAGACAGGCAAAGCCAUGUGUGGUCCUCAAGACGCCCUGGCGCCACGAGCGCGUUCAGACUAUCAUGAUGCAGCUUGAUAGACUUAGGGCCCGACGAAUUGCAAGCUCUAGCACCAAAUCAAACGCACCGCCCGCGCGCGUACGCAGACGCUCUGAAAAUGCAAAGGAAAGCUCACUGCCUCAUCAAAAAAGGCCUCCCCUAUGGGGCCUACGACAUGGACUGGCUAAAAACACUCCCAUCCUACGAGACUAG